CACGUCUAGUUUAGCUAGAUUGAAGAUUGGUGGCGUCAACAGAAAAAGCCUUCUUGUGUUCGCUAACGGUCUACCGUCUUCGGUUCUGCUGGUACUGCUCAGCAGCCAGAACCAUAUGACUUACUUUACUAUCCUUCCUUUUUAAAUAGCGACACUUCGCUUUAUUCUAAUUAAUGGCGUAUUAAGGUUUGUUGUGCUGCUUUUGAUCAAAAAAGGUCUGAGUUAACUCGCGCUCCCCGGGUGAACUCAACCUAUGUUCCUGGUCGCCACAGCCGUUCCGCCACCGGAGAAUUUCAAACUUGUAGCUACCGGAAUGUGACGGUCAUACAGGUCGCUAGAGGGCGCACUGCACAGCGGAAGAGAGAGGAAGUGUGUAAAGCCCAACCAAUCACAGAGGACGAAGGAGAAGCCGACGCAGAGCUGUCGUUAGCUUCACGCAAAUUUUAGUUUCUUCUUAGUUAUUUAUAGAAUAUAGUUUCUUUAAAUCGCUAGUUAUAAAAAGGGCUAAUUUUAGCCUCUGGAAGAAUGGGUCGAAGUAGGAGUCGAACACCUCCGAGACGAGAGAGAAGACGGUCCCGCUCGGCCUCACGAGAACACGAGCGACGCCGGCGGGACAGGGACCGCUCUCGCUCGAGGGACCGGGACCGAGACCGCCGCAGAUCUCGCUCACGCUCGCCACACAGAAGACGGUCCAGGACUCCUCCCAGACGCCAUCUCUCCUCCUCCCUCUCUCCUGUGCGGCAGAAGGACCGGCGUGACGACGAGCGCAAAGAGACCAAAGACAAACCUGCGAAGUCCAUUCAGAUCUCAGCUGAGGAUAUGCAAGGCAAAACAGAGGAGGAAAUCGAGAUGAUGAAAACGAUGGGGUUCGGUUCCUUUGAUUCAACCAAGGGUAAGAAAACAGAUGGAUCGGUUAAUGCAUAUGCAGUCAACGUUACCAUGAAGAGGAAAUACAGGCAGUACAUGAACAGAAAGGGAGGCUUCAACAGGCCGCUGGACUUCAUCGCUUAAAGGUGCCAGCAGCUCGUUUUUCACCACCAGUCUCUCCUCCCUGCAGGAGGACAAGGACAGUAUGGAUUUAUUUCUAUUAAAUGUGUCUCGUGAUGCAGCAAGUCUUUUUUUUAUUUUUUUAUUUAACCUUGUAAAUAGUUUUUCCUCCAGUUGUUCUCACUCCGGUCAGACCUGGUGGGAGGUGGAGCUUUUUGUUGUUGAGAUUUGUGCCGUAUUCUUAAUAAACGCCUUGGGAAAA